AUGCCUAGCUACACCGGCAGAAGCGACUCUGGAUUUGGGGACGAUGGUGCCUCUGGGUCGACUGGUUCAACUCAGGAGUCCAACCCCGACCACCCACUCGCUAAGAAGGGGUACGAGAUAGGGACUGCAGCGAACUUGCAGAUUGGAGACGUAUUCGAGUUUCUCUGGGCCGACGCAAAUGAGUUCGAGUGGGAGUGGAAGUGUCUAGGAUAUGUCCGAUUCAUCGUGCUGAGGCACAGUGAGACGUUCCCCCAUCAUGCCGUCUGCAUUCCCAUCUCAGUCGGCAGCAAGCACAACUUUGCGAAACCUGGUGUAGAUUCCAGCCAGCAGGGGUUCGUCUUCGACGACGAUAAUCCGAACCAGUGGCACGAGAAGCUGGAGGAGCGGAAUCGCCUGCAUUUCCCUCCCGUCGGUGUUGAGCUCAAGCCGGGAAAGUUCAGAGUCAAGGAGGAUUCGCGUGCCAAUUAUGCCGAUAUCAUCGAAAUCGACCACGAUGCCCAAGUCAUUGUAGUCGGAACCGUGGUUCGGUACUUUGAUCGCCUGCGUCGGAGUGUCAACAAGGCAGUCAUGCGAAAUAUCCUGAAGAAGGCCUUGUCCGAGUACCGUGCCAAGCGCGAUAAAGAGAAUGGCCCCCCGCCCAAGAUCGAGCCUUCGGUUGUUGGGCAGACAUUCGACGAGGACGAGGUCGAGGACGUGGAUGAUUUGGCUGCUGACGAAAUGCCUGAGCCCAGGGUUGAGCCCACAGAGGCAGUGGCGCCAGCGCCGGCACCAAUGUCCAGAGACCUGCCUGUCAGGCCGGCUGAGGAAAGGGGCGAUGAACACAGAGAAGGCAGAAGAGAGGCAAGGAGGGAAGAGAGGAGGGAGGCGGCCAAGACUUCGUCUUCGAUGAAGCUUCCCCAAUCCAGGAAUCGUCGGAAGAGCAUGGCGCAGUCGGCGGAGUCCAAGCCCGUCAUGAACGACCAGCAGAACUUUGGGAAAUCGGACUAUGAUCUGAGAUCCUUGCACAGUGUUGCCAUGAAGGGGAUCAAGUACUAG